GUUUGUGUGUGUCGCUUCCUCAUGCAUCGUCGAGCACGCGGACUUCUGCUCGUGCAGCGACAUUUCCUGAGCGCGAGUCUCUGAUGGUCAGCGCAGUUCGGCUCGCGCACGGCGGCUUAUGAAGAACCGCAAAAUGAUUUUAAUCGCGUUAUUUGUCACGGCUGUGUUGCGCGUUUCGGCUGGGAAGGCAUCCCUACCAUACAAAUCAAAUGGAGAAUGUUACAAUAGCACAUCUGAGUAUUACAUAAAAAAUCUCCAAUUGUGCUGCAGUAGAUGUAAACCAGGGACCCGUCUGGAGACAAAGUGCACGAAUGAUCAGGACACAGUCUGUUUGCCUUGUCCUCAUGGACAGUACUCCGAAAAAGCGAACCAUUUUGAAAGAUGUUUUUCAUGUCAAAAAUGUGAUAUAAGCAAAGGACUGAUAUUUGAAAGAAAUUGCUCAGCUGAUACCAAUGCUGUUUGCAUUUGCAAACCUGGAAUGUACUGUGCUGAAAAAUAUUCAUCAACAUCUGGAUGUUCGCUUUGUCAAAAGCAUAAAAUCUGCAAACCUGGUGAAGUUGUUGUUCAAAGUGGAACACAUUUAACUAAUGUCAAAUGUGGACCCUGUCCUGAAGGGACAUUUUUGAGUGACAGUGUUGCUAAGCUGUGCAAACCACACAGACGAUGUGAAGGAAGUUCAGUUUUGAUUCCUGGCAGCUCUACAGCUGACACACAGUGUGGGACACCAUUAACGACAAGCACUCAGACCACCAAAAAAAUCCUAACAAUCCUUCCCACAAUGAAGCCGCGUGCACCCCAGAUCAGGACAGAGGCAGUGCCACAUAUUACCACCUCGACAUCUAUGCCUCCAUCAGCCGGCGUGACGCUCAGAAAUCGAACCUUGACUCUAUCAAAGCCCACCCCUGACGAUUAUUCCAUGACUUUCAUCUACUGCGCUGGCAUUGUUGUUGUGCUGGUUUUCCUGAUAUUGACUGUAACAGUUACGUGGAUAAUUUGCAAAAACAGGAAAGGCAAUAAAGGUUCAAUGAACGUUGUUAUAGCAGACAGCAAUAAGUCGGAACAGAGCCCGUCAGCAAACAGCGCACCAGAACAUCAACGUCUGUUACCUGGUGACAGGUGCCAAAAAGAGCCCUCCAUGACCUCAUCAGACAGUCAGAGUCAGCCAGACUCAAGUCAGAGUCACAUCAGCGGUGAUUGGUUAGAACGCACCAGCCAGGAGGAGUCUCUGCCGGAGCAGCCUUCUAUCUCCAGCCCUUUGGUCAACGUCAGCAUCACAACCACCUUUAACUGUCACCUCAACCCGACAACAGCAACCUGCUCCAUCCCCGUCAGCCCAUCUGCACUCACACCUCAUUCUGUAACUUCAGUGCCACUGUCUCAGGAGGAGGUCUGUAUCUCCUGCCAGCAAGAAGACGGCAAAGAAGCACUGCAGUCGGUUCAGGAGAGCAGUCCGUGUGCGUUCUGAUUGGUGGAUUCAAGUCCUUCGUUAGGUGUCGGUAAUGGUCAAAAAGUGUUUCUCUGGGAAAAGCGCAUUUGUUGUGUCAUUGCUGUGUAAACUGACAUUAAAGGGAUACAUUUACAUUUAGCUGAUGCUUUUAUCACAAUUGCUAUAUAUGUCAGAGGUCGCACGCCUCUGGACACAAUGGUGUGUCACAGUGGAUUCGAACCCAGGUCUCUCACACCAAAGUUCUCUGUCUUAUCCACUGCGCCAUCACCACCCAUCAAAAAUAAACAUCUGGGGCACAAUUGACUUCAAUAAUAAGAAAAAAAUACUGUGGAACUGAAUGGUGCCCCAAAUCUGUUUGGUUAAUAACAUUUUUAAAAUAACUUCAUUUGUAUUCAGCAGAACAAAGAAAGCAAUUAUUGGCUAAAAAAAUCUGCUGACCACUUAGCUAAUUCGGUGAACUUUGCGUUGUUGUAAAGUUUAAGGAUUACUUCGUUCAGUAAUGUUUUCCGACAUUUAACCAAUGUAUGUGUGUAUUUUGAUGCGAUUAACCCCUUCAGACCCUGUGUCCACUAGAAUGGACAUCACACGUUUUGAGGUUCAAACCAAUAAAAAUGCUUAUCAACCAAUCAAAACAAGGCACAUUGUUUAACACCUAAAAAUCAGGUCUGAAGGGGUUAAGAAUGAAAUAAGAGUCGUUGCACUGUAUAAGAAAUGAAGCUAGCGCCACACAGUGGUCAUGUAAAUAUUCAAGCUAAUAUGUUAAAGGGAUAGCUCACUUUAAAAUGAAAAUUCUGUCAUCCUUUACUCAUCCUCAUGUUGUUCUAAACCUGUAUGAAUUUCUUUUUUCGGAUGAACACAAAAGAAGAUAUUUUGAGGAUGAGUAAAUGAUGACAGAAUUUUCAUUUUAAAGUGAACUAUCCCUUUAAGGGAUAUUUUGUCAUAUGAAGGAUAAAUAAUCAGAAUUGUAGGAAUUUAUUUUAGUGUUACAGAAAUAAUGUUACAUAAUUCUGAUAUCCAAGGGCUAUAUAUAUAAGAGAUCAUUUUAUAUUACAUUGUAUUUUUGAAUUUGUAUAUUAUUGAUUUGUAUAGUCAUCUUUUUAUUGUAAAAUUUUGUAUAUACAUUUAUAAAAAAAACUAGUGAAUUCACA